AUGAUCUGUAAUUUAAUUUUAUAUUGCGAAUUCAACACUCCCGACGAACUUACCUACGUUUUCCAUCCAGCCGUCGGAAACGUUUGUAAUUUCAAAGUUCAAGCAGCCAAUGAUGCACACAUUGCUCUCACGACCGGUCCAGAAGAAGCUGAUCCCAUGUACGAGGUUUUCAUUGGUGGUUGGAGAAAUUCUAAAUCCGUUAUUAGAAAGGACAGAACCAAACCUGACGUCGUCGAAGUCGAAACUCCAAACAUUCUCUCCGAAGGUGAAAUGAGAGGUUUUUGGAUCAAAUGGGGAGACGGUAAAAUAAGCGUGGGAAAACAAGGCGAAGAAGCUUUCAUGACUCACGAAGAUCCAAGUUUUAAAGUCGGUCAUUUGGGAUUUUGCACGGGAUGGGGAGCCACCGGAAACUGGGUCGUAGAAGAACCACCCAAAAGAGAAGCCUAUUGGGAAAAAGGAGCCAACGGUGAAGUACCACAAAACGUCGUCACCGGAGGAACCGACAACGAAACCGGUGACGUUUUACUCGUUGCAAGAGCCGAACACGAAGGUGCCGUCAUUCCAGGAAAAUUUGUACCAACUCACGGUGUGACAUACGUUUCGUGGGGAGGUGCCGAACAUGCUAAAGAUGAAUACGAAAUCUUAUGCGGUUGCGAACCACAAUGGGUAAGCGCACAAGAUGGUGAAGUCCCACCAGGAGCUUUGGAAGGUGGUAAAUCCGAAGACGGUGAAGUUUUUUACAUUGGACGUGUAAAUGACGGUGAAAAACUCAUGAUUGGAAAGGUUCAAUCGAGUCACAAGGUAUGCUACGUUCCAUACGGUGGAAACGAAUUAGCUUAUCCGAAUUACGAAGUCCUCGUCGUGUAA